AUGUCAAGUGAAUGGCAGCAAGUGCGCACUUAUGCUGACCAUCUGGGUCACCGCGUGGUGCUCGAGCAGUACGUCACGCCAGACUACAAGCCAGGCCCCGACCACAUAAUUCCCAUCCAGGUCUACAGCCUUGUACCCAUGGAAAACGACCCCGAAAACAUUAUAUAUAGCUUACUAAAACACCUAUGGACUUGA